AUGGCGCAACUUCCACAAGACUACGAUUCCGCACGAGCCAACAUCUUCACCGAUUCCAAAGUGGACACUCUCAUCCGACAGCAUGGCAGCUCCCCUCGCUUCGUCUAUGGGCCCCUGGUUCUCCCCACGGUAUUGAAAUACUACACCGAUUCGCCCAAGUCAUACCCCAUGGAGAAAUACAUGACCAAAGCUACUCUACAUGGCUACGAGCUAUACCAGAUCGCCGAGAAAAGCGUCCCAGUGAUAGCUCGCUCAGCCAAUCCUGACGCUAUCGUGAAGGGUAUGGUGGUCUUCAACUUGGGAGACAGCGAGCGGAAUGACAUUUCUGAGCUUGAAAUUUGUCUCAAGCAUUUGGAGGCUGUUCAAGUGGAGAUUGAAUGCAUGGCCGGGAAAAAGCCCAAACGGUUCGUCGAUGCGGGUACAUUCGUGUGGUCGGGGUCUGUUGAUGGCCUUAUUCGCAUGUAUUCUGCCUCCUGGGAUCCUACCUCAUUUGUCAACAGCUCCUUUUAUCGGAACAUUCGACUGUCGGUAAAUCGAUCGUCAAAGGAUACCGAGGGCUCAUGA